AUGGCCGUUAGUGACAAGAAGUUCAAUGAAAUGAUGACCCACAACAAAAUGCUCGAAAACCAAAUUUCUCAACUUGCUAGUGCUUUGAAAGACCAAGCAAGCCCUUCUUCUUUACCUUCCCAAGGCCUAGAUCCUAAGAAACCCGUGAAUGCUAUUGUUACAAGGAGUGGUAAGGUUCUUGAGGAGAGAUUGCAUAGGAGGAGUGAUAACAAGGAGGUCUCCAAGGAAGUUUUGAUUGAGAAUGAGGGAAGUAGAGCAUCUUUAGAUGAGGUUGUGGUUGAGACACCAAGAGAGGUGAGAGUAGAGAAAGAGAUUUUGAAACCCAAGCUCCCUUAUCCCCAAAAAUUCAUGAGACACAAAUUAGAUGAGCAAUUUGGGAGAUUUAUUGAUAUGCUCAAACAACUUCACCUUUCUCUACCUUUCACCGAUGUGAUCAACCAAAUGCCUAAUUAUGCCAAAUUCCUCAAAUACAUUUUGAGCGGAAAGAGGACUUGUGAUGUUGUGGAGACAAUCAAUUUGACUGAAAAUUGUAGUGCGAUCAUCAUGAACAAAAUACCACCUAAGUAG